AUGCUCCCACGUCUGUCUGAAACAUGUACUUCUCAUGGCACCAAGGGAAGCCCAUCCUACAAGCACAUUCUAAGACUUCGUUUGCACAGUAAAGGUAGCAUCACCUCAGUCCAACAGGCACCAGAGGAGAGAUUCAGAGUCCUCCAGCUCUGCAGUCGCUGCCGUGGUUCUCCACCAGGUCUGAGAUCUGAGCCCCAGCCAACCCAGUCACAGCAGACGUUUCGGAAGGAUUCCUUUCUGAGCACCUUGAAGAUGAACAUCCAGACCCCACCCACACUCCUGCAGCUGGCAGGAGAGAGCCUGCUGAGGGACCAGGCCUCAGCCAUCACAGCUCUGGAGUACCUGCCGGCUGCUCUCUUCCUGCCGCUGUUCAUUCAGGCCUACCGCAGGAGAAUCCCGGAGCCCCUGAAGGCGAUGGUGCACGCCUGGCCCUUCACUAUCCUCCCUCUGGGCUGCGUGUCACAUCUGUCCCUGGAUGAGGUCUUAAAAGCUGUGUUGGAUGAGCUUGACGUUCUGUUUGCCCAGGAGGUUCGGCCCAGGAAGUGGAAACUGCGGGUGCUGGAUUUAAGGAAAACAGGUGACAACUUCAGGAGAAUGUGGUGUGGAGACAGCACCCAGAAUUGCUCACUGACGGGACCAGUGGCUGUGCACAGCUCCAGCCCCAACAUGGAGCAUCCCUUGGCUCCCUUGGAGGUGUUCCUAGACCUUAACUUCAACGAAAGGGACGGGGAUGAGUUUCUCAUGUACAUCCUCCAAUGGGCCCAGCAGAGGGAAAGGUUAGUACACCUGUGCUGCAAGACCCUGAGGAUUUCUGAGGUGCCCUUCCAGAGGGUCAGAAAGGUCCUGGAUGGGGUGCAGCUGGACUGCAUCCAGGAGGUGGAAGUGAACUGCACCUGGGACCUGCCCACGCUGGGGACGUUUGCUCUUUACCUGGGCCGUCUGGACCAGAUGCUCAGGUGCCUGCAGACCCCCUUGGACAAACUCUCCAUAACAAAUUGCCAGCGGCUGACGCAUUCAGACCUGACACACUUGUUCCAGUGCCCGAACCUCAGGCAGCUGAAGUCCCUGGAUCUAUUUGGCCUCAGCCUCGCGGAUUUUAGUCUUGAGCCCCUCCGAGCUCUGCUGGAGGCAGUGGCACCCACCCUCCAGGACCUGCGCCUGGGUAACUGUGCGAUGGUGGACUCCCAAGUCGAGGCCAUCCUGCCUGCCCUGAGCCGCUGUCACCAGCUCAGGGACUUCACCAUCUCUGAGAACCCCCUCUCCAUGGGCACCGUAAAGAAGCUGCUGCGCCACACAGCUGUGCUGCCCAGUUUAGAGAGCGUACUGUCCCCCAUCCCCCUGGAGUGUUACAGGACCCAGGGGACGGUGGAUACGGAGAGACUUGCCCUGUUUGGGGAUGACUUAAUGGGGAUGCUGAGGGAGUUAGAACAUCCCAACACCAUCUGUCCUGGCACCAAGUACUGUCACUAA